CGCACAAAUCGAGCGCGCGCACACUCGGUGACUGUAUUUCCGCGGUAGCGCGCGGAAGGGAAAGUGUUGUUGCGGCGGUUUGUCGUUCAUUCUUCACUACAGCCCGGAAACGUCAAAAAACGACCGAGUGUGACCCGAGCGGCAGUGACGCGCGACAUGGACGGACUGUUUCACCAGUGGGGACCGUCCCCGGUGUCCCAAGGCCCUCCGUACGUGGAGAUAAUGGAGCAGCCCAAAGCACGAGGAAUGCGCUUCCGCUAUAAAUGCGAAGGCCGAUCCGCCGGCAGCAUCCCUGGAGAGAAGAGCAACGACACCACAAAAACACACCCCGCCAUCAAGGUUCACAACUACAGCGGACCCCUGAGAGUGCGGAUCUCCUUGGUAACCAAGAACCAGCCAUACAAGCCACACCCACACGAGCUGGUGGGCAAAGACUGCAAACACGGAUAUUACGAGGCCGAUUUACAGGAGCGGCGGAUACACAGUUUCCAGAAUCUGGGUAUUCAGUGCGUAAAGAAGAAGGAUGUGGGAGAUGCAGUUUCCUGUCGACUGCAAACACAAAACAACCCCUUUAAUAUUCCUGAAGCGAAGAUCUGGGAGGAGGAGUACGACCUGAACGCGGUGCGUCUGUGUUUCCAGGUGUCCAUCACUCUGCCGAGCGGAGAGCUGUUCCCGCUGGAGCCCGUCGUGUCUCAGCCCAUCUACGACAACAGAGCUCCAAACACCGCCGAGCUCAAGAUCUGUCGCGUCAACAGAAACUCUGGCAGCUGCCGCGGAGGAGACGAGAUCUUCUUACUGUGCGACAAAGUGCAGAAGGAGGACAUUGAGGUGCGUUUUUUCCGGGACUCGUGGGAAAGUAAGGGCUCGUUCUCACAGGCCGACGUUCACCGGCAGGUGGCUAUCGUGUUUCGCACGCCGCCGUACCGCGACACCAACCUGACAGAGCCGGUGCGGGUGAAAAUGCAGCUCCGCCGGCCGUCCGACCGUGAGGUCAGCGAGCCCAUGGACUUCCAGUACCUGCCGGCCGACCCGGACGAGCACAGGCUGAUGGAGAAGCGUAAGAGGACAGAAGGGAUGCUGCAGAAUCUCAAACUCAGCAACAUCAUUCCAGGAUCCUCCGUGCAGACAGACAGACGGCAGUUUAGUACGGCGAAACGAACUCUAGCCGUCUCCAAACCCCCGGCCACCACCAGCCUCCCUCCAGCGGCGGCAGCGGCGUCUGCAGGUCCAUCAAUGAAGCCCCAGACAUCCUCGUUCUUCGGCCCUGCUCCGGGGCAGCUGUUCACUCAACCCGCUCAGAGUUCGCUCAAAAUAGAGCCAGCGACCUCCGUCGCCGACACGUGGAAGUUCCUGCAGAGUUUGACCGUAGACAGUGAGCCCAAAGCGGUGGCGGUGAGCAGCUUCACGAGUCAAAGCAUCGCUCCCGCCAGCCUCACGCAGGACUUCCCCACCGUCAACCUGUCGGACCUGCACGACUACACCUUAAACAGCUUCAUUGCGUCGGAGCAGAUCAACCCAGCGGGUGCUGUCGGGAACACCGGAGGAGUUUCCCAAGAUAUGCAGAACGCCCUCGGAGGCGCCUUCAGAGUCGACGACACCUUCAGAGUCGACGACGAGCUUCCAGAGUUCCCAAGCUUCUCCGAGGUGCAAAACUCGGACGUCGACAGCAUCAACAUCAACAUCGAUGACUUCCAGGCCAUGUUAGGCGGUGAAUCAAUUGGAAAGCCUGUAUGUCACAUGACUACAACAAACGCCGGCGACGUCCAGGAGCAGCCCGCCGAUCAAGCGGCCAACAACUCCACCUGGAUGUCUUUCCCGCCCAGCAUCGCCACCCUCUUACAGAACGAGAACAUGAUGGAAAGCUCGUCGACCCCAGCUCCCGCUGUUCUCGACGACACGGACAUGCUGAACUCCAUCGACGACGACCGCUUAAUGUCCAUCUUCACCAGCAACAACCAGAUCAGAUUCCUGUCUGGACACCCGACCUAAACGCUUCUUCUCUUACACACGAUGGAAGACUGUCGAUCGAAAACUCUUAUUCAUGCAGAGGUGAAGGAUUUAUUAACGCUUUGAAGAUGAACGGUCAAUCCUGAUAUGGUGCUGAAACACAUUUAAACUCGCCGUCUCUGAACCUUUUCAAACACAUAUGAGAUUAUAUUGGGUGGCGGUUUUGAAUCAGAUGUGCAUCUUGUGUACAAUGUGUCAAAUAUUUUCUGAGGUAGAAGCAGGUUCAGAUGAAUCAACCUCGUCUCUAUAAACACAGUGCCUUAUCAAACAGCUCAGCCAAUCACUGUGCAGAAUUACACCCUUAGAAACACUGAGCUUUAGUUACCAAGUCCUUACAGAAUCUAUGAUUAUAUUACUAUUGUACAGAAGAAUGUACUCCUGAAAUGUAAUAAUAGCUUAAAAACACAUUAUCUUUUAAGGAAUAUCACAGUUUUCUUCCUCGUUUUAGUUUUAACAGUAAACCUCUGUUGUGCAGCUUUGCUUUCCAGUUUUAAAGGAUUAAUUUGUUAAUUAAUUGUAAAACCAUCAUUUUUGAUGAUAAAUUUGUAUUGGAUCAUAAAUCCCCAAAAAAUAUAACAGACAACCGAUUUUCUAAAAAAAAAAUAAAACUUAGUUUUCAUAGGGCCUUAUUAUUGUGAAAAUGUUAAUAAAUUAUUAAAUUGUUAUAUUAUUCAAAUUUAAUUAAACCAUUAAAAUGUAAUCCAGAAAAAUUAAAACACAAAACAUGGAAUAUGGGAAAAAUGCAAUUGAAUUUGGAGGGAAAAUGGAUUUCCCUAAAAAUCAAAUUUUUGUUAAACUUAUCUAAUUGUUAUUAAAGUGUGUAAGUUUCAGAAUAUAAUUUAAAUAAUAAAUUGAAAUCCAGAAAAAAUACAACACAUUAAGCGGAUUUCAUAAGGCCCUAAACAUUUAAUCUUUGAUUUCAAUGAAUAAGACAUGGUUUUUGAUUACUAAAAUAAAUAAAGAAUUAUUAAUACAACAAAAAAAUGGAAUGGAAAAAUCAAAUGGAUUUCAUAGAGCACUAAAGAUAAUCUCCUGGUCUGGUAUCAGCCAAUAUAUGUUCAUUUUUAAUGUUAUCGUUAUCGGCCUGAUAAGAAAAUUUGGCUGAUAUAUUAAAGCCGAUAAAUAAUGGAUUAUUUCCUUCAGCUGAGACACUUCAGAUGUGCACUGUCCGCCAUUAUGGUUUUGAAUUGCUUGAAAUAUGAUUGAAAUCACUUCAAAAGCACAAGUCUGUCAUAUAGACUAAAUAUUAUAAUGAGAACUAGGGCUGGGACAAUAAAUCGUUGAUUCGCCAAUUGCAAAAUGAUUCUGGAUUGAUUCUGAUAUUUUCCAUAUUUUUGUUUACAUUAAUUUCGUGUCAUAAAAGCAUUCUGAGGUGCAAGUACAUUCUCAGACUCAGCCGAACGCACGAGCGCUCUUCUUCAUGAGCAUUUGAGCGUGCGGUUAAAAACUAGCCUAGAGCGCCAUCCGCUGUUGAAAACGAAUGGAGAUGAAUCUAUUUAUUCUCCCAGCCCUAAUGAGAACAUUAUCAUUGUGUGUUUGGGACAUGGCUUUUAAUGGCGAGACUUUUGUAAUCAGGCUUUCAAAAAUUUGGAUUUAGAUUUAUCGGCCAAUAUAUCGGUUAUCGGCUUUCAAAUUAUCGGUUAUCUGUAUCGGCCAAAAUUUUCAUAUCGGUGCCUCCCUACAGACAAUCUAAACACACAUUCAUUUUAUAAUUUAUAUUUGUUAUAAAACUGCACUAUUAUAUUUAGCACUAUUCCAAUAAUGAAACUAAAGAUAUCGAUUGACCGUAUCUCUGACUGUACGAGUGACAAUCUCUGUCCUGUAUUUUCUGUGCAUUUGUUCUGGUGGUCCAUUACAGACAUCACGCACGACUUCAAUCUGACAAUAUUAUGCCAAGACUGACUAUCACUGACAUCUUCUGCGAGGGAACGGUGAACCGCUCCGUGUGACCGGCUUUCUUUACAUGUAUAGUUUCCAGUCAUUUUCACAUUUGUACAUAAUCUGAUCUGAAGCUCCUGUACGACAGCGGGAGGAUCAGUAAAGUUAUAUACACUGCUGUAAGCCUCACAAUAACCAUGCAUUCUGCUGUUCUGUCUGUAUUACCUGUAUUUGCAUUCACAUGUGUUUGUUAUUCAGCACAAACGAGAGAAAGAGAGACUGAUGGGAAUGUUUCUGUGGCCUUACUGCAGUCCAACCCAUGUUUGGACGUGAUGUUGUGUACGUAUGCUUUUGUACUAUUAUUUGAUCUGUAAUAAAUGCAAAUAACUGCA